UGGACAGCUAUGUGGCCAUUUCACAUACCUGGCCCAUUAAUCAAAAGCUGAAUUCCAAUAUUCAUUACUGAUAACGCUAUCUGGGUACCUUCCUCUCUUCGUGACUGUAUGAACUCGUAGUUCAUAAAGUUCUAAUAAUGUUUUCGAAAUUCCAAAAAGCAACUGAUAAGCUUAGGACAUUCGUACAUAAGAGAACAAAUUAUUGUCGAGCGUUCGGAAGGCCACCGACUAUGACGAAGAAUAGCUCUUCCAACCCCAAAAUCCAGACACUUUACGACCUUUGUAACAAGACAUUUACGCCUUCGGGGUCUCCUCCCCCAACCUCAGAAGCCAUCCAGAGGAUCUGCUCUGUUUUGGACACAAUAAGUCCGGCUGAUGUUGGCCUUAAGGAGGUAAAUCCUGAUGAAGAUAGGGGUCAUGGCUUUUUUGGCAUUGACCAGCUAAAUAGAGUUGCUCGAUGGGCUCAACCAAUAACUUACAUGGAUGUAUAUGAAUCUGAUAGCUUCACGAUGUGCAUAUUCUGUUUCCCUACUUCAUCAGUCAUACCACUCCAUGACCAUCCUGGGAUGAAUGUUUUUAGCAAAAUUCUAUAUGGCUCUUUGCAUGUAAAAGCUUAUGAUUGGGUUGAGCCUGCCAUCAUCAAGGAAAGCAACGGACCGGUAUACUUUCCAGUGAGACUGGCAAAACUGGUCGCUGACAAUGUUAUUACUGCACCUUGUGACACAUCGGUGUUAUAUCCAAAGAGUGGGGGAAAUCUACAUUGUUUUACUGCAGUUACCCCUUGUGCCGUUCUUGAUGUUCUUGCACCUCCUUACAGAGAAAACGCUGGUAGAAGAUGUACCUACUAUCAUGACUACCCUUACAGUGCAUUCUCAAACCAAGUAAAGUUAGGGGAUGAGAAGGAGACCUACGCAUGGCUUGCCCAGAUAGAAACUCCAGAUGAUUUGUAUAUGCGCCAGGGAAAAUAUGUUGGCCCAACUAUUCGGGUCUGAAGCUUAGGCAAAGCACUGAGAGGGAUGAUUCAGUGGAGUUUCAAUUUCCAUACAUUCCAGUCUCCCGAUGCUAGUUCUUAUUAUGGCUCAGAGAAGCUUUACUAGAGAAAUGCUUCUGUGAAGUGCCUAUCAAUGAUUCUUUAUAAGAGCCAUCUGUAACUUGGAAACUUGUAAAGCUGUUUAUGUAAGCUAAAUCGUGUUUUUGCUCUUUAAUGUGCCUUGGCAAGAUCUCUUUAUUUAAAUAGUUUGUACUUGCUCAUGUAAAUAAUGUUUGCAUUAUCAACAGUAGUAAUAAACUCUCAGAAACUUGUCAAAAUUCGAUAUAAA